AUGAAGUCACAGUUUUUCUCAACAUGUGUUUCUGUGUUUUUUGCAGACGUACUGCAGCUGUUGGUGGUUAAAGAAGAGGUUCCGUCUGAGCAGCAGGAGUGGAGCUCCAGUCUGGACCAGGAGGACACAAAGCCCCCAUACAUUAAAGAGGAACAGGAGGAAAUCAACAUCGGUCAGGAGGGAGAACAGCUUCAAGGGCUAGAGGAGGCUGAUAUCAGCAAGUUCCCAUUCACUUUUGUCCCUGUGAAGAGUGAAGAUGAUGAACAGAAACCUCAGUUCUCACAGCUUAAUCAAAGACAAACUGAACAGAUGAAAACAGAAGCUGAUGGAGAGGACUGUGGAGGACCAGAACCAGCCAUGAACUCAGAUACACAUUUACAAACAGAAGACUAUGACAAGACUGGAGACUCUUCUGAACCUGAGACUGAUGACAGUGAGGAUUGGGUCGAGACCAGAGAACCUCAGUCAGGUUUAAAUUCUCAGAAAAAUGAAGUCUGCGUUAGUGUUUCAAAAUGUAGUACUGGUGAAAAACCAUUUAGCUGCUCUGAGUGUGGGAAAAGAUUUGGCACCAAUGGAAUUCUGCAGAGACACAAGCGAUCUCAUACAGGAGAGAAACCAUUUAGCUGCUCAGUCUGUAAGAAAUCCUUUACAGAGAGUGGAAGUUUACAAAGACACAUGAGAAUCCACACAGGAGAGAAACCAUUUAGCUGCUCGGUCUGUAAGAAAGCUUUUACAGCAAAUGGACAUUUACAGAGACACAUGAUAACGCACACAGGAGAGAAACCAGUUAGCUGUUCUGUGUGUGAGAAAUCUUUUACAGCAAAUGGACAUUUACAGGCACACUUGAGAAUCCACACAAGAGAGAAACCAUUUAGCUGCUCAGUCUGUAAAAAGGCUUUUUCAGAGAAAGGACAUGUAACGAAACACAUGAGAAUCCACACAGGAGAGAAACCAUAUAGCUGCUCCGUCUGUAAGAAAGCUUUUACAGAGACUGGACAUUUAAAGGCACAUGUGAGAAUUCACACAGGAGAGAAACCAUUUAGCUGCUCAAUCUGUAAGAAAGCUUUUACAGAGAAAGGACAUUUACAAAGACACAUGAGAAUCCACACAGGAGAGAAACCAUUUAGCUGCUCAGUCUGUAGGAAAGCUUUUACAGUGAGUGGAAAUUUACAGAAUCACAUGAGAAUCCACACAGGAGAGAAACCAUUUAGCUGCUCAGUCUGUAGGAAAGCUUUUACAGAGAGUGGACAUUUGCAGAAACACAAGAGAAUCCACAAAGGAGAGAAACUGUGUAGCCGUGUGGACUGGAGCUGCAAUCUGGAAGACGCUGGCAAGAUGUCAACAAACGAGUACACAGUGGACGAAGCGCCGGAAUUCCGAUGGCAAAGCAGCGACGACGAUGAUGAUGCUUCUGAGCCAGAGGGGUUUAAUUCCUCCGACGAAGAUGAAUAUUGUAACAACAGUGAUCCAUUUGAAGACAGGCACCUGGCUGUUUAUGAAAGAAAGGAUGCCUUCAAAGCCAAAACUGGAAUGGUCCAGUACAUGAAAGAAAAAUCCGCCAAGCAAGGAUUCAAGCUAUUUGUAUUAGCCGAUUCCAGGAACGGCACACAGCUGACUUUUCCCAUCUACACAGGCAAAAGUGACAUCCCAACUGGACAUGGCCUGUCCUACGAUGUGCCUUAA